AAAAGUUCUCCGUUUCCUUUCCCUUGAACACUUUAGUUAAUUCCACGUCCUGAGUUUUCUCCUGACAAUUUUCUAACAGCAUACAAGCAAAAUGAACAACAUAAUCACAAAUCGAUUAGCCAAUCGUCUCGGUCCGCUUUCCGUCUUGCCUGUCGAGAUCUUGAUUUCAAUCUUUGCGCUGCUUUCGACCAGCGAUCGUCUCAAGGCGCGCGCUGUAUGCACAGCGUGGAACGAAUGGAUCAUGAAUACACCUCUGGUUUGGGCAUCGACCGAGGUUACCCGAAGCAACUCUAAAACUAUUUGUGGUGUGCUGCCCAUUGUUGCGGGUCACAUUGAAAAGAUCGUUGUCCUUUGGGACGCAAACAGCUUUUUGACGCCAAUGGCGCAAGGUCUUUUCAAAAACCUAAAAUCGUUUGAGAUGCUUGGUAUGAAUUGCAAAGUGAUCCGAGCUCUUAUCCUGUUGAUACAUCGAUUAUGGCUGCUUACAAAUAGGUUAUAUCGAUACAACUUGGGUUACUAUUAAUAUUUGCUAGGCAUCAAGACUCCCAAUGUAAACUAUGUAGAAGAGGAGCUGAGUCUGAGCGCACUUCGAGCAGUCAGAAAUACGUUGACCGAGGUCUACUUGGACUUUAAGCUCACUCCGGAGCCACCCACCUACUUUGACAUAUGUCAGGCGUGUCCAAAUCUCAAGAAAAUUGGCUAUUACGUCAACCAUUUCAAGUGGCCGAG